AAAAAACAAGCUUGAAAUAUGAUGAUGAGGCAGCAGAGUGGCCCAAUCCAUCCUUAUUCCAUAGUUACUAUACUACUACUACCAAACUGAUUACACUCCUAAUCUCCUAUAGUCCUAUAUAUUCUGCACUUCCACUUCACCGAGCAAAGCAACUCAUUUUCAAGUACCGAAAAAGCAUAAGAUCAAGCUUUUGUUUCUCGGUGUUAAGGGCAAUUGGCCGGCAAGAACACUCAAGCUUCGGAUCUUCUGUAAUACUCGGCUCGAACAAAUAACCCAAAAUGUCACAGCCAUCGAGUACGGCUUUAGCUGCCUUGAUCCUGUGAUUUUGGGCAUCUCUUUGGAUCUGAAGACUAUUCACGACUCGGCUCCUGAUUACAAGUUCGGGAAAGAGAAUCCUCGUAAUCCUCGUUUGAAGGAUUACGUGUUGUCUCCUUUGGGUGUUGCUCGGAUAUCCGAAGUUCGAGCUGAUCCGUGGGAUUCUGCCUCCUCUCCCGAAGCUGUUCCAGUGAAGGUCGUGCUUCCUGAUUUGAGGACAACUUCAGAUCCGGAUCAAAGGAAAAGGAAGGGUAGCACUCUUCUGAGGUCUUCCGCGCAUCCGAAGAAGGCGAAGGCUUCUCAGUCCUCGGAGAAGGAAACGGUUUCGGAAGACAUGCCUCCUCCCAAGAAUCUCCUUCACUUCAUGCCCUUGCCAGGGCAGAAGUUAAAGAGUGUGGUGGUUGCGGAACCGCCGCCCGUGGAUCAACCGUUGGCUGAGGAAGAUACCAUCCCUUCUCCGCUGAAGCCGUCUGCUGCUUUAGGGAUCGAGAUCCAGGAUAUCACCAAGGUGAUGGAGGCGAUUGAAGCCGACCUUGUUCCUGGCUCGGAUGCCCCUAUCGUGGCCGAGCAGAAGAAGGAAUCUGCUGACGUUUCUCUCGAAAGAGAGAGAAGUCCAGAUAAGGAGAUGGUGGACCUCACAGGCCCCAAUGUUGAGGUUCCCGAGGCUGAGAAGGAAGUUCCCUCUGCUGAGGAGGAGCAGCCCGAACAGGGUCUGACGAGGAAGAGGCGCCACUCGACCUUGGGUUCUACUUCGACCUCGACCCUGGAUAGAUUGAUCCAUGCUGACCCUUGCUCGGAUGUUCCGCUGAAACGGAUCCCCGAGGAGGUAAGGGAGGCGAUGGCUCGCUAUGCUAGGGCUCCGAUUUUGGGGGAGGAUCCCAUGGCUCACGUGGGAUCUUUGGUGGGUCCCGAAGCUGCUCGGGAGAAUCUUCUUCGGGCCAACCCGCAGUGGAGGGUUCCUGGAGCUGAAGAGAGGAACCCGGCUAUGAUGGCCCAGUACUAUCUGAAUGAGGCUGUUUUCUGGUCCUCGUUCGCUUCCGAGUGUAGCUCGGUUGAGGAGAGACAACUGAGGAGAUAUCAGGAGGCUUAUGCUCGUGAUAUUCCUAUCUUGGACCAGAAGGCUGGGCAGCUCUUCUCCGAGCUUGUGGAGGUCAAGCAACUGUAUCUUCAGUACAGUCGUGAGGCUAGAGCUUCAGCUGAGCAGAUUGGGGCCGAAGUUGGGAAGCUCACCUUCCAAGUCGAAGAGGAUGCUGAAAAAAUAGCUUCCUUCGACAAGGAGAGGGAAGAUAUGGCCGCCAAGUUUGCGAGCGAACUUGAAGAAAAAGACAGACUUCUCAAGGAGAUGACGUUUAAAUUUGAGGCGGCCGAUAAGCAGAGCCAGGAUGCGGAGGCGAGGCUGCAUCAGUUUGUCAAGCAUCGGGAGAUAAUUCAGAAUCAAGCUGAUAAGGUGCCUGUUCUCCAGCUGAAGAUCCGAGAGAAGGAUGCGGCCAUUCGGAAGUUGGAGCAAGAGCGAGUUGACCUCUACACUGCUGAUCAGUGUAGAGAGCAGUACUGGAAUGGCAUCCUGGGUGCUCGGCGCAUGUUUGCGAAGCAUAUGCCUCAUUUCCCUUGGAAUGAGAAAGUUCCUCUCUAGAUGAGGGCCCAGGAUCACUUGGUGGAGUGCCAGGCUGAUCGAGACGAAGCUGAAGCUGAACGCCAAGCUGCUCUUGCAGAGGCUCGGGCCCAGAAGGCGAAUUCCGAAGGUGACACUACUGCUGGGGGUUCUUCGAAGGAUGCUCCCCUAGGGGCUGCUCCUGAGACUCCCAAGAGUUAGGGAUUCGGGCAGUCGUCUUCUUCAGAGUCGGUCGGUUCCAGUUGAGGACUUCCGAAUGUGUGCUUGCCUUUCCCCCUUUUGCCUCGGCGCUGCGUUGUACUUGUUUCUUUUUGCUUUCUUAGUACUUUGGUAGGCCGGUAUUGUCUGUUGAUGGCUGCCGAUUUUAACUAUUUCAUUUUGUUUUCAAUUUUUGAGGGUCCUCGGGUAUGUACCGAGCUGUUUGAUGUAUUUGUACUUCCCGAAUAUUGAAUGAAAAAUGAAUGUUUGUUACUUGGCUGCCUCUUUUCAAUUUUUUGCACUUCCGGAGUUUUAAGUCUUUGAAUCCGUAGAUUUUCGAGCUCUUCUUUCUGUAGACUUGCUAAGAAACCCUUUGAUUUUGCGAGUUCUUCAAAUCCGUAGAUCUGUUAA